AUGUGCAAUAAUCUGAAGUCGGCAUUUGUUGGAGACGAACUGCCAGCGUUGCAAAGAGAAGUUCAAGUGCUCGGGACUCUAUCAAGAGCAUCUGGAUCAUUGCUUACAAACUCCGUUCAGGUCGAGGCUGCGAAGAAGGAGGAGGUCUGCUUGAAACACUGCGCGCAUUGCUCAGCCAGUUUCCGCCGUUUCAGAGAUUUGAAGGAGCACCUUUUGAGCGCCCACGAUUUGAUCGGGUUCAAAUUCGGGUGUGCGACGUGCGGCAACAAGUUUUUGUACAAACAGCAUCUGCUGGAACACGUGCGAGUGGCGCACAUGGAGCAGUGCGACGUCGAGGCUGCGAAGAAGGAGGAGGUCUGCUUGAAACACUGCGCGCAUUGCUCAGCCAGUUUCCGCCGUUUCAGAGAUUUGAAGGCGCACCUUUUGAGCGCCCACGAUUUGAUCGGCUUCAAAUUCGGGUGUGCGACGUGCGGCAACAAGUUUUUGUACAAACAGCAUCUCGUGGAACACGUGCGAGUGGCGCACAUGGAGCAGUGCGACGUCGAGGCUGCGAAGAAGGAGGAGGUCUGCUUGAAACACUGCGCGCAUUGCUCAGCCAGUUUCCGCCGUUUCAGAGAUUUGAAGGAGCACCUUUUGAGCGCCCACGAUUUGAUCGGGUUCAAAUUCGGGUGUGCGACGUGCGGCAACAAGUUUUGGUACAAACAGCAUCUCGUGGAACACGUGCGAGUGGCGCACAUGGAGCAGUGCGACGUUUGCCAAAAAUGGUUCUCUCGAAAUUGCAGAGAUUUGCACAUGAAGUACAACCAUCCCAACUUAUCCAACAGGCGUGUAACUCGAUCCAUGAUCAUCGGAGUUCAAAUAAACAAAUGA